AUGUCAACCCGCAUAGCGAAAACCUUUCAAUUGACAGCUCGUAGCUUCUCCUCUGUUGGCUAUCGCAAGCCUUACACUGGCAACAUCAAAUCGAAACCUGCAUCUUCUUAUGAUGCCAUUAGCAAUCCAUGGGAUCAUGUCUAUGGCGUCUCCAGUGUAUUGUCUGCGUUGAAAGCUAAAAAGCGACAGACAUUAGACACAGUAUACAUUCAGGAGACAGAUGAAAAGAAGACGACACAAAAGAAGGAUGCUUCACUGAUAUCCGAGAUCCUUAGCAUAGCCAAAGCCAACAACAUACAUGCCAUGGCUGUUGAUAAAGGACGACUCAACAAUCUGACAGAUAAUAAGCCGCAUCAAGGUGUAGUGCUGAAGGCUUCACCAAGGAACCCGAUUGAAAUCAGUGUGCUAUCUGCACCCAAUGAGUCUGGCUCUUAUGCAGCAUUACCCAGAAUCAAUAAAAGAGGUAGUGAACAAGACAGAGAAAAGAACAGCAGCACCUCUGCGUUAGCCAGCAUGAAAUUCAAGGCGCCUACAUCCAGGAAGCCUUUUUGGAUUGCAUUGGAUGAAGUGCAAGAUCCUCAAAACCUUGGAUCCAUCAUGAGAACAGCCUAUUUUUUUGGUGUCGAUGGUGUCUUGUUAUGCAGCAAAAACAGUGCUCCCUUGAGUCCUGCUGUAUCUAAAGUGAGCUCUGGUGCCGUUGAAAUAAUGGAUAUUUAUUCCACACCCAAUCUCGUCAAGCUAUUGAAAGAAUCGCAUGCCAAUGGCUGGGAAAUCAUUGGAGCAGCUGGCGAUGCUAGUCCGUCAAUGAAUCUGUCUCAAUUCCGAGAGAACACCAGCCAAAAGCCCGUCAUUUUAGUGCUGGGCAACGAAGGCACAGGACUUCGUACUAAUGUCAAGAACGGCUGCAACGCCUUUGUAAGUAUUCCUAGUGCUAUUGGUGAAGAUGCCUCGUUCAAUGGAUCCGUCGAUAGCCUGAAUGUGGGUGUCGCAGCUGGUGUAUUGAUAUCCACUGCUCUGUUUUAG